AUGGAGCCUGUUGCCUCACCUUCGGGUGUUCUUCAUGGAAUGAACGUUCCAGUUCCAUGGACCCGCAUGAGGGCUAAAGUACUUGCGUACAAGCGCAUGUAUAGGGCUAACACAAAGCUUCUCGCUGUUCGCCGCAUUCCCAGAUUCGAUAUGUGGAAGCGAAACAUUCACAAAGUGAACAGUUGGGUCAUCGCUGUAGAUGACGACGAAGACCUUUUCCCGUUGAUCUACGAAGAGAAAGAUCAGGGGAUCCGACCCAAGGACCCCAACAUUGGCCCUUUCCCUGGCGUGGCCAGAAUUCCUUUUACGGAGGACUACUGGACCAGACUUUGGGAUUCCUCAAUCGGUAUCACGGCAAAAUGGGGCUAUGAACAAUCAAACCUCCGGAGUGACUUUGGCAAGGAGCAGAGAUGCAGAAAUUGCCGAGUAUGCAUGUGGGGAAAGCGCCGUACGGAUCUCCUCGCCACUGAGUCGGAGAUUAGCGCGAACAUCGCUCGCGAGGAGCAGCGCCAACCUGAUCCCGAGCCCGAGCUUGGGGGUCCGAAGUCAGUCCUCUACGACGAGGCAGGGGAUUACAUUGGAGUAAGCAUCUGGACUCCCGAGGAAAUUGCCAAAUGGCGGAGAAAGCAGGAGAAUAAGGCGCUCCAGCGGAAGACAAAGUAUGGCUGCUUUGGUCAUCCAGGAAAGCCAGUUGGACACUUCCAGAGGUUCAGUUGCUGCGGUCGAGAUAUCCAUGCCCGUGGAUGCCAUCAAUACCCGAAGCAUGACAUUGUGUCCGAUCGAAAGGCUUGGGAGCGCGAUUGGAAGAGAUACGAAGCGCCCGAGAACCCGGUUGACUAUCGCUAUGCAAUCGCUCUUGACUGCGAAAUGGGAAUCACCGAUCUGGGGGAACAGGAACUCAUCCGCAUCAGCGCCAUCGACUACUUCAGCGGGGAAGUUCUGAUCGAUAAACUAGUUUUUCCCAAGGUCAAGAUGUGGCAUUUGAACGUUCGCUACUCUGGAAUCGACUGGUCACAGAUGUAUACAGCAAAAGACGCGAACAAUGUGAUCAACGGUCGAGAUGAAGCCCGCAAUCUAUUGUUCCAAUACCUUGGUCCCAAGACGGUUCUUGUUAUGCAAGGAGGCCGGAGUGACCUUCUGGCCCUACGUAUCCGCCAUCAUCAUGUUCUCGAUACGCUGAGCCUCGCUGACGGGUCAUUGAAGACAAAAGCAAAGAAAUACUUGGAUCGUGAGAUCCAACAGGGAAGAGGUCAUGAUAGCCUAGAGGAUGCCCUUGCGUGCCGCGACAUCGCCGACUAUUUCAUGAAAACGCUUCCAUUUACGCAUAUCUACAAGCGUAACUAUGGUCAGAUGAGCCGCCUGCAACUGGAAAUUUCGAGGGACCUACUGCCACGCCUAGGUGAUCGGACGACCCCUCCACAAUGGAUCCCACCAGCCUCCAAAGACCGUGUUCCGUUCCUGAAGAGCUAUCCACGCUACGAUUGUUGGGGCCUUCUCAAGGUUGAAUGGGAUAAGGAAGACGAGGCGGCACUGCAGGAAGAAAGGGAUGCUUACAUGGAAUGGGGAGGGCGUCCACCACCCCUCGACAAAGAGGCGAGCCAGCAGCAAUCUGAGAAGCAUCCCAAGAAAGAUCUCCAAGAAUUCCCCAAGAAGGAUCUCCAGGAGUUUCCCAAGGAAGAUCUCCAAGAUAUCCCCAAGAAGGAUCUCCAGGAGUUUCCCAAGGAAGAUCUCCAAGAAUUCCCCAAGAAGGAUCUCCAGGAGUUUCCCAAGGAGGACCUCCAGGAAGAUAUCCAGGAACAGACAUUGGCUACACCAUACCAUAGCGAAAAAAAGGUGAAGGUUGAGAUACCCGACUGGGAACCAAACAAUAAAUGGUAA